CCAAUGAGCGCGCGGGGGGGCGGGGCCCGCGAACAUGGCGAAGACGUACGAUUACCUGUUCAAGCUGCUGCUCAUCGGCGACUCCGGCGUGGGCAAGACGUGCGCGCUCUUCCGCUUCUCCGAGGACGCCUUCAACGCCACCUUCAUCUCCACCAUCGGUAUUGACUUUAAAAUCAGAACUAUAGAGCUGGACGGCAAGAAAAUUAAGCUGCAGAUAUGGGACACCGCCGGGCAGGAGCGAUUUCGAACCAUCACAACCGCCUACUACCGGGGAGCGAUGGGCAUUAUGUUAGUCUAUGACAUCACCAAUGAGAAAUCGUUUGAGAACAUUCGGAACUGGGUCAGGAAUAUCAAAGAGCACGCCUCGCCGGACGUCGAGAAGAUGAUCUUGGGGAACAAAUGCGAUGCAAAUGACAAAAGACAAGUGUCCAGAGAGCAAGGGGAGAAGCUCGCUGCCAGCUUCGGAAUUAAGUUCAUGGAGACCAGCGCAAAGGCAAAUAUAAACAUAGAGAACGCAUUUUUCACUCUGGCAAGAGAUAUCAAAGCAAAAAUGGACAAGAAGUUGGAAGGCAACAGCCCCCAGGGCAGCAACCAGGGCGUCAAAAUCACACCAGACCAGCAAAAGAAAAGCAGCUUUUUCCGAUGUGUUCUUCUGUGAGGGACACGGCCUUAACCCGAGCGGCUGCUCCCUGAGCUGGACUGUGCCUGUUACGAGUGAGCUUUCCUCUGGCUGUGGACUUUGCAUCCUCAACCUUGUCACGUUGUGACCAUACGAGUAAGAAAUUGUUUAUUUUAGUAACUGACUCUUCAGUUUUGGAGACGAAACAAGUUUAUUUUGGUCAGAUUGCCACUGGGCAUGUGUGUUGUCUAGCAGAGGGAGUGCAGAGCACCUGGGACCUGUGAUACAGCACCUUUGCUGGCAGGCUUCAAUCUUCUGGUUUGUAUCCAUGAUAUAUCCAACUUAGAGAGGUGAAGUUACGAUCAAAACAAGAAAUGGAAAUGCCAAUACCAGUGAAGCACAGGUAUGUGUAGGUGAGAUGUGUGCGUAGCCACAUCUGGAGGUGCAUAUAGAACAAUUGCUUCAAAACAGCAAAGAAUUGUGCUGCUGUGAGCAGUACAGGCUUGUACCUUCUCGGAAGGUAGAAGGUAGCUUUCUGCAUCUCCACCUCUUGGCUGCUAUGGAGAAAACCCCCUUAUCUGUUAAUCGCUCAGCUGCGUUACUCUGGACAAUCCACAAGUACAUUUGAAGUUAAAAAAUAAUCCUCCUCAAAGGAAUCUCUAUUUUUUUAAAAAACCAAAGUGUGCUGUAAAUACAAUGGUUCUUUCCCGUCGGGAAUUACUAUCUCCAUGUUAGACUUGACUGUGCUUAAUUAAGUACUCCAGAUGUUCGGGCGUGUUUCAGAGGAGAUGAUGGCUACAGCGAGUCUCGUGCAAAUGGUCUGUGAUCUGUUCUUAGAGAAACAGGCCGUGGUUCGGGCAGGAACGCUCACUCAAACGUUCCAGCUUUUCCUUCUCCGCUUGAGAACAACUCCACAUCUGUCAUGACAUAGUAGCUCAUUUUGUAUCGUGACAAGAACAUGUGUUGCACUGCUUCCAGUUGUGCGUCCUCACGCACACUUUGCUCACAUAUGCAAAGACACGUUGCACAUACAAACACUUUCUGCAAACCAACUUUGGGAAGCUGAGAUUUGCUGAGCUGCGAUCGCUGCGGAUUUCAGGCAGCAGCAAAGCUGUCACUAGUGAGCAGCAGUGCAGACAGUGUUAGUCCUCAGUGGAAAUAGCCUAUGUAUUUAUUCUGAUAUACACAGUCUAUUACAUUCCAAUGUAUAAAAUGUACCAGCCAAGUAAAGCUCCUCCAUAGCUCAUUACUGUCAGUUCAGAGGCUGUAAGAUUGACUUCAUUAGGCUGACAAAAGGAGCCAGGAAGAGCCAUCUCUUUCAAAGCCUGCUGUGGAGUGAUUGCAAUUAUGGUGUAUUUAAUUCAAACAACCAUAUCAGCUGUGUCCUGCAACUCACUGGAAUUGUUAACAUGCUUUGUUUACAUUGACAACUGCACUUCAAGGGUAAAAUUAAAGCUGAUUUUAAAGUUAAUGAAUUUACUCACCAGUUUUGUUUUCUUCAAGUUUGUGGUAUUACAGCCUGGCCUCAAAGGAGCACUCCUAUUGCUGUAGUUAAUGAUCUAUCAGAUUCAGAUUGAAACUAGAAGUCUGCAGCAUGCAACUGGGCUCAACAGGAGCAUUGCCUGGUUUUCUAAAAUGGAAAAGGAAAUUUUCCUGCAGAAGUUACUGGUUUAUAACAAUGCAUUUUCUGUGCUACCAAGCUUUUGUUAUUUUAUGUUUAAAGAGCAGAUUACAGCGAGCUCUGUUCAUGAUUAAAAUCAUACGUAGAGCUUUCCUCUAACCAGAACCUUAUGAUGUUGGGCUGGGUUUUUUUUGUUUACUUGUGGCUUUUUAGUGUGAGGACUUGGUGAACGUGCACCAUAGGGGAUGUACACGCUGAUGUAUCUGUAGGAUAAAAUCACUUCAAGCUACUGAAGAGCCUUCUAGUCAGUAUGUGCUUCAAAGCGUAGUUAAUGCAGAGCUGUAGAUAGGACAAGCAACACUUUGAUCUUGAGAUGAGGGACUGGAAAAGUAAGUGGUUGGUCUAAUUUGAUACCAGGGGUUGUCCACCAUGGUGCUGCCUGGUGGCAGUAUCUAAACUGAUAUCUUGCAGUGAGAAAGCAAACCAUAUUCAUUUCCAAGUGGAUAAAACUUGAAGGAUGGGAUUGUGGUUUUCACUCCUCAUUUUCUAAAUCUGAAGUUACUCUUUUCAUUCAAAACGAAUUCUGUAUGUGAAUACGUUUUGUUUCAGCUUAUGCUGGUUGUUGCACAUGUUUCUGUACCUAACUUAUAGCAUGCUUUCCUUUUACGAGAUGAUUUGGUGUACUCCAUGAAUAACUACAUUAUUGCCCAAACUCAGGAAGUUUCAUACAGUUACUGUGAUUACAGUCAUCACUGUACAUCUGGGGUCUACAGACUCUACACCAAUAUUAAAUCAGAGGAAGCAAUAUGAAACAUAAAAUGCAAAUGUAGGACAGGAAAAGGUUGAAGACACUGCAGUUGUACGUACGCUUGACUGCAUGUUGCUAAAUGUGGACAUCAAAUCUUGGAGAAGGACAAUAUGUAGUUGUUGUUUCCAUCACAUAAUUAAAUUACUGUGGUUUUUGAGUGUUAUGGAAAACACAGUGAUGGAAAGAGGUACUGUGUAAAUACCUCCAGUAAUGAGUUUGUAUCUGAACUUUCUGUAAGGAAGAAAAAAUCUUCAAUCAGGUACAGAAUUUGUAAAACUGGGGAAUUUAAGUUGAUCUGAAAAACUAACUCUGUGCUUACUACACAUUCUCAGUGUCUAAAUGCCACUAAAAGGUAACGGAGUAACACUCGGUUUGUAGAAAAACAAACCCAUUUUUGAGCAUGUUCUCAAACUCCCUUACUUUAAUGAGUAUCACAGAAUUCUGUGGCUGACCUUGUUUUUGAGGCUGGUUGCAAUAUUUCAGAUAGUCUUCACCCCCUUUGGGUGUGGGCCUGUCAGGAGCUCGUCUGUCAAUAAAUAGGGGAAGUGCUGUUUGAACGCUGCCAUUUUAACAUGUAGGUUGUCUGUCGUCUUGGUCCUAUGCCAGUGGGCACACCUCAUGUUCCUUGACAUCAGAGCCUUAUGCCAGCAUCAGACUUUCAGCCUCAGAUUUAUAAAUCCUAUGGAUUAUUGUAAGUCUCUUUACUGCUGCUGAAACUUUUUUGGUGUCUCCUUUCAUGUGAGAUGCUGCUCAUCUCGCUGGCAAUUGUUAGGGGAUGAGGAUUGUGGUGGUGGUGUCUUUGGCUUGAUGAUCAUGCUCAAAAGCUACCAUGAUUUCUUGUUCUCUUGGACUUGAAAUGGCUGGUGUCUGUGCUGGAAAGGAAAUGGACAAACAGCUGCGUGGAGGAUGGUCUCCAUUAGUACCAGAAGCUCAGAGGGAUUGGGAAGGAAUGAGACUAACUUCUGUCUUCAUUUCUAGGUUAACUAAGGAGCUGUUCGGUUGAACGUUGAUGGUAACGUGCAGUCUGAUUAUUUCAGGCUGCCUUAUUCUUUGACCCAUCUCUUCCAGUGAUCAUUGGAGAUCUUGUUUCUGUAGUCAAUACACGUUUUUUGGGCUGGGCUCUCCAGCCCUUCUGCAGGAAUCAGAUGCUCUAUGUUGAGCGUGAGUUGGGACUUAGGACUUCGCUUUGAAGGGAACUUUAAUGCAUCCCACAAUUUUUUAGAGCAACUGUAAAUUGUGUUUUUUAGAAUGACCACUUUUGGCUGCCCCCCUUCCCACAUGACAAUUGCUUUCUUAAACACUUCUCAUUGAUUUCCAUGUUUGUAUGAAAACCAAACCUGUUGUUUAUUACAGUAUGUAUGUUUUUACUCUGUUGUACAGGACCCUGAGCACUGCAUAAAUAAACUUCUUAUGAAAAGAGAA